CUGGAUAACAAGUAUUUACCAUCACAGAGGCCAUAUGGGAAUGUGAGGAGGAGGUUCGGUGUAACUCAGGAGGCUUUGGAUGAGCUUAAAGCGCCUGCGGCUGUGGAACCUCCCCGUCCAAUGAGUUCACACAGGGCUGACUCCAAAAGUAGCAGACAGCUGCCUGAAUGAAAACCAGGAGGAAGGAGGCCCUGCCAGGAUCCUCAGCAUCUCCUGCACCCGAACCAGGCUGAAAGACAGAGCUGUGGCUAGCGACCAGAUAGACGAUGGAGGUGCCACUGGUUAAUUUUGAAAACAUGGAUGAUGUCGGCAUUAACCUGGGCGACCCAAGUGACUCCGGGUACCCUACCUCGCCCACCUCAGAGGCCCCAGAUCAGAAUCUCCUCACCCAUCGUCUGUCUUCUCCUCAUCAGUCGCCACACAGAGGCCGACGUAGGCAUCACUCUGGGCAGGAGGGCUUAUCGCCUUCCUCUCCUCCUACUGUGACCACAAAGGCAAACUCCAGCAGCGGGAGUCUGAUCUCCAACCUGAAGCUUCUGAUCAACAGUGAGUCUCCCACGGACAGCGUCUUCAGUAAAAUGGCGAAAGAUUGCUACGAGAAUGAAGAUUUGUUUGAAAAGCAUUGCAUGGAAGAAAAAGAUGAGAAAGUCGUCAUCAAUAUUUCAGGCCUGAUGUUUGAGACCCAGCUCAGUACGCUGAAUAAGUUUCCAGAGACACUGCUGGGUGACCCCAUGAAGAGGAUAAGCUACUUUGACCCAAUGAAAAACGAGUAUUUUUUUGACAGAAACCCCUUCUUUGAUGGUAUUCUGUACUAUUAUCAGUCCGGGGGGAGAAUCCGCAGACCAGCCAACGUUCCCUUAGAUGUUUUUGCUAAUGAAAUAGUUUUCUACGAGCUGGGUCACGAAGCCAUGGAGCAGUUUCGUGAAGAUGAAGGGUUUAUCAAAGAACCAGAUGUCCUUUUGCCCACCAAUGAACUCAAACGACAGUUCUGGCUCCUGUUCGAAUACCCAGAGAGCUCCAGUGCAGCCAGAUCAGUGGCUUUGGUUUCUGUAUUUGUCAUUGUCAUUUCCAUCUUUAUCUUCUGCUUGGAGACUCUGCCAGAGUUCAGGGAGGACAGUGACUUUGUAUCAGGUGUUGCCCAAUUUAUUAAUGGGACGCAACAAAGUUCUCACCCUGCCACAAAAGACCUGGUGGCAUACUUAACAGAUCCCUUUUUCAUAGUGGAGACUAUUUGCAUCAUUUGGUUCUGCUUUGAGGUCGGCGUCCGUUUUGUGGUCUGCCCCAGCAAGAGUGAUUUCUUCAACAACAUCAUGAAUAUCAUUGACAUAGUCUCGAUUAUUCCCUUCGUGACCCUGGGAACCGAGCUGGCUACGACCCCCGACGACGAUUCAAACUCUAGUCAGAACAUGUCACUGGCCAUCCUAAGAAUAAUCCGUCUAGUGAGAGUUUUCAGAAUUUUUAAGCUUUCCCGACACUCAAAAGGGCUUCAGAUAUUGGGACAGACCUUGAAAGCCAGUAUGAGGGAACUGGGGCUGCUCAUCUUCUUUCUUUUUAUAGGAGUCAUCCUGUUUUCAAGUGCCAUCUACUUUGCAGAAGUGGAUGAACCCCAGACGCAGUUUGUAAGCAUCCCUGAUGGCUUCUGGUGGGCUGUGGUGACAAUGACCACGGUGGGAUACGGAGACAUGUGCCCCAUCACCAUGGGAGGCAAAAUGGUCGGCACUCUCUGUGCCAUUGCUGGUGUCCUGACCAUUGCCCUGCCCGUCCCUGUCAUUGUCUCUAACUUUAACUAUUUUUACCACCGGGAGACUGAGCAGGAAGAGAAACAGAUUAUGGAUGCAGCUGCGGAGGCUGCCCAGAAAACGUCAGCAGCAAACAAGUAUGGAAGCACACCUUCACUAAACAAGAGUAACGGUACCUGGCAGAAUGAGAAAAAUGGCAUGCACUGAUAGAGAACGCAAAGCAUUUAUAUCAAGGGCAUGAAAAACAUGGACAAAUUAAACAUAUCCAGUAGUGAGAUGCACUGGGAGAAAGUAGUCUCUCACUAUUUUGUACUCCAAACAUAGCAGCAUUUGUGCAUAUUAUUACAGUAUUAAUAGGCACUGUGUGGUGGGACAGCCUUUACACAAGUUGUCUGUCUUCUUGUGGAUGUGUCAAAGUGCAAUUAACAGAACUCAGCAGCUACUAAGUCUGGAAAUAUCAUUAUUAUCUUUGAUCCAGUGCAAUUCGAAGAAGGAUGUAGAACCGUAGAUUUGUUAAAGAGUAUAAUUAUAAAAGGAAGUCUAAGUAAGGUG